AUGUCGCCCACCGAGCGCACACCCCUUCUGGGUGGAAAUCCUCUUCCUUUCUUGAGCUCAGACUUUAUUGGCAAUGGCAGUAACAGCAAAAAAGACAUCCAUCAACAAUUCUGCCUUCUCGUCGGUGUUCCGCCCUCCAACGGUCCCAAAGAUAUACCAAGACGGUCGGAUUUCAAGAGGACCCUCUACGGCCGCGCAGUACACAAGCGCAACACACAAAACGCGACAUACCUGUUCACCGCAGCGCUUUCCAACACACUCCUCCUGACUCAAGUCGUGCUUGGCGCAGCUUUGACAGCCCUUGGUGCUUCCGAAUCUAGCCAUAUUCUCAUCACCGUCUUUGGAGCUCUUAACACCAUCAUCGCUGGUCUUGUAGCGUACUUGAAGAGCAGAGGACAGCCAAUGCGUGCUCGCAUGUUUAGAGACGAUCUUGACCGGGUAGUGGACGAGAUGGAGAAUAGCGAGGUGAUGUGGUUGGGCAUCCAGCAGGGCGUGCAUGGUUACGACGAGAUUGCUAUUGAAGAUACUGUGAGUGUGCGAAGUGAGGUGGCGCGGUUGACGAGGUUGCUGGACAAGGCUGUGAGAAGUAACACUAUGAACGACCCCGAUAUGUACAUGAACGCAGUAGGCGAAGGUGCAAACGCCGCGCUGCGCGCAAGACCCAUCCAGCCAGAGGUCAUCUCUGCUCCCGAGUCAUCUCCCUCAGCAACUGGAAACGCAUCUGGGCCAGCGAAUGCAGCCGCGCCAGCUCCGACAGCGGAUCCAGAUGCGAGUCCAGCGAGUGCGCCCCCGAAGCAGAAGAGUCAGCCGUCUAGUCCUCCGCCAGAGCUCGCUGACGAGCAGGCGGAGCCAGUCAAACCAGUGAAAGAAGCAACGACGCCAAUACCUGCACCGAGUUUUUCAUCUAUUGUCGCUGUCGAUGCGCCGCCAAAGAUUGAUGCUGUAAAAUUGGCGGAUAAAUCUGUGAAUGGUGAACCUGUGAACAACGAAAACGACGUCGAGGGAACGCAAGCUGGUGAAGGUGGCGAAACCAACGGUGAAGGGAGUCAGUCCGCUUCGACAGAGGAAGGAGAUGAUAGACUGGUGAAGAAGGGCGAGCAGAAUCUGGACGGAGUGUAG